AUGUUGCUGACACUCAUUGUAGAGAUGCUGGUUUCUUCGUUCUGCUGCUCCCAGACAUGCCCUUCGAUACUUCUGGGCCAGUCUGAGACAGGGAGGGUAGCAGAAGCUCACCCGAAUCCCCUGGCAGUGCUGGAGUUCUCUCAGACCCCAGGCGUUGGGGCCCAAGGAAAUCAGCUGCACUCCCGGGGUCUCUGUGCCAACAACAGUAAUGGCAAAAGCAGUGGCAGCAACAACAGAAACAACAGUACCGUCAGGAGCGGGAACACCAGCAACAACAACAGCAACACUAGCAACAGUGGCAACAACAGCAGUGACAACAGUGACAACGGCAACAACAGGAACAACAGCAACAGCAAAAGCAACAGCAGUAACAAUAGCAACAGCAGCAAUAGGAACCACCACGGUAGCAAUAGGAACCACAGCAACAACAGCAACAACAGGAAGCACAGCAGCAACAACAGCAGCCGUGACAGCAGCAUCAGUAGCAGCCGUGGCAACGACAGGAAUGACAGCGGCAACAAUGGCAGCAAUAAUAGUAACAAUGGCAGCAAUGGCAACAGUAGGAACGACAACAAUAAUAGGAGCCACAGCAGCAACAAUAGUAACAACAGCAACAACAGCAGCAAGAGUAACUAUGGCAACAGCAGUAAUAAUAACGGCAAGAACGGCAGGAACAGCAGCAACGAUAGUAACAAUGGCAACAACAGGAACCACAGCAGCAACAAUAGUAACAACAACAAGAACAAGAACCGCAGCAGCAACAACAGUAACAGUAGUAACAAUGGCAACGACAGCAGCCGUGACAGCAGCAUCAGUAGUAGCAGCGGCAACAACAGGAACCACAGCAGCAAUAAUAGUAACAACAGCAACAACCACAGCGGCAACAAUGGUGGCCACAACAAUAAUAGGAACCACAGCAACAACGAUAGUAGCCGCAGGAACCACUGCAGCAACAGUAAUAAUGGCAACAGCAGCAGCGAUGAUAGUAACCAUGGCAACAACAGGAACCACAGCAGCAACAAUAUUAACAGCAACAGCAACAACAACAAUCAUAGUAACAAUGGCAACAACAGCAGCAGCAACAGUAGUAACAACAACAAUAACAGGAACCACAGCAGCAACAGUAGUAACAAUGGCAACGACAGCCAUGACAGCAGCAUCAGUAGUAGCAGCGGCAACAACAGGAACAACGGCAGCAACGAUAUUAACACCAACAGCAACAACAAGAGCAAUAAUGGUAACAACAGCAACAACAGCAGCAGCAAGAGUAACUAUGGCAACAGCAGUAGUAAUAAUGGCAAGAACGGCAAGAAGGGCAACAACGAUAGUAACAAUGGCAAUGACCACAGAAGCAACAAUAGUAGCAACAACAACAAUAGGAACCGCAGUGACAACAGCAGCAACAGGAACCACAGCAGCACCAACAGCAACAGUGGUAAUAAUGGCAACAAUAGCAGCAUUGACAGCAGCAUCAAUAGUAACAGUGGCAACAACAGGAACCACAGCAGCAACAAUAUUAACAACAGUGGCAGCAAUAACAGUAACAAUGACAGCAACCGCAGCAGCAGCAGUAGUGACAACAACAAUAACAGGAACCACAGCAGCAACAAGAGCAACAACAAUGAAAACCACAACAUCAGCAAUAGUGACAACGGCAACAACAGCAGCAGCAGCAAGAGUAACGAUGGCAAUGACAGUAGUAAUAAUGGCAAGAACAGCAACAGCAGCAGCAAUGAUAGUAACAACAGCGACAACCACAGCAGCAACAAUAGUAGCAACAACAAUAAUAGGAACCACAGCAACAACAAUAGUAACUGCAGGAACCACUGCAGUAGCUAUAGUAACCACAGCAGCAACAGUAGCAACUGUAGCAACAAUGGCAACAACAGCAGCCAUGACAGCAGCAUCAAUAAUAACAGUGGCAACAACAGGAACCACAGCCGCAACAAUAGUAACAACAACAGGAACCACAGCCGCAACAAUAGUAACAAUGAAAACCUCAGCAUCAGCAAUAUAAACAACAGCAACAACAGCAGUAAGAGUAACCACGGCAACAGCAACAGUAACAAUGGCAAGAACAGCAACAACAGCAGCAAUGACCGUAACAGUGGCAACAGCAGGAACCACAGCAGCAACAGCGGCAGCAACAAUACUAACAACAACAAUAGGAACCACAGCAGCAACAAUAGUAACGAGAACAGCAACCAUAGCAACAAGAGCCACAACAGUAACCAUAGCAACAACAACAGCAAUAGCAGUGACAACGGCAACAAAGACAACAACAGCAGCAGCAACAGCAGCCACAAGAGUGACCAUGGCAACAACGACAGCAACAACGGUGACCACGGCAACAGCAGCAGGUACAGUGGCGGCGGCGGCACAGCUAUGCCGACUGACUGGGUCUGGGACACCGGACCUGGGUCAGCUCUCCUGACGGAGGCAGCCUGCCUGCCCCCCAGGGCCAGCGGGGGCCCUUUGCCCAGCCCUGCCUCGGCGUCCACGUCCUCACUCCCUUGUGCAGCCCUCAAGCCUCACACAGGUCUGCCUUCCUUCUUCGAAAGCCUGACGAACCAGCCUGAUGAAAACGAAAGCCUCCUGCGAGGGGAUGUGGGUGUGUACGUCCCUGGGCUGAACUUCCCUGUCUCAACACCGUUCCGAAUAGAUUUUAAAAUGUGA